AUAUGGGGUGAGAAAAUUUACUUUCCAUUUUCUAUUCAUUUAUCAUGGUAUCGAGCAUGAUUAUUUUCCUCCCACGGAUCGCGGUUCGAAUGAAGAAAAAAAUUGAAGAAUGGGUCGUAUAUUUAUUCAGGAAAAAUUUCAAACGAGGCUCCUUUCCCCGCAGAUACGAUCGGGGUAACGAAAACGAACUUUGAAACAACAUUAAUUUUAAUUUCACAUUCUAAUGCACCAAUUCGGUAAAUACGGACGCCUGAAACGAUCAUUUUUCCCGGGGUUGAAAAUGAAAAGUGGUAAAAGCAAUUUAUAUGUAAAACUGCAAACUUCCGUAUUUAUGAUGGGGAUGUAUUUUGGAAUUCAUUUUCGGGGAAUUCCGCGAUUUGGUGCACCGUUAAAUUGUCUGUUUGAAAUUUUCCAUUGUUCCGCUGCAAUCGGCAGCAUCUGCAUUAGGAACAAUGUUAUAAACAAUGAGGAGCGGUGUAAAAGAGAGAGAGAGAAAGAAGACGAUAAAGAGCGUCGGCGUCGCGACGCCAGCUAGCAGGUGGCGCCGUACGUCGGUCUUAUCGUCGAGAUAGUGAAAGACCUUUCUGUUUCGGAGUGAUACGGUUCUCCACGGAAAAUCACUCUUCCCGCAUUCAGUGUUCGCGCACCCGCCAAUCAAUUCGUACUCGUUCAAAUACGCGAGAAUAGGUUUGUAAGAAGAAAAAAUAACUCCAAAGGGAUUAAAAAAAUUAUAAGCAAAUUGAUUAAAAUUUAAAAAAAAAAGCGGAUAACUAGUGCUGAAUAUAUUUUUUUGAAUCACCAUUUUGUUUUUGGUUUUUUUUUUUGGAUUUUUUUUUGGAUUUUCCAUUCCGGUAUUCUGACCUCGACAACAUAGAUUAUUCAUGCAAUAUAGGUAUAGAAAAUAUUGAAAAACGUUGUGCGGGAAUCAAGGACGAUUCUAUCAUCAUCAUCAUCAUCAUCAUCGAUAUCGUUACUAUAUCGUCAAAGGGUGACGAGAUGUAAAAAUGUUUUUUUCACAUAUUUUCAAAAUUCUUGAAUAGGAUAAGUAUAAUUAUGUGAUGAAAGAUAUGAUGAUGAAAAUAUCUGAAAAUUUGAAAAGUUUCGGUGUUGUGUAUAAUUACGUGUAAUUUUCGAUUGAUAAUGAUAUUUUAAAAACAACGAAGAGAAAAAUUUUACGAAAUACAUCCACGAUGUUGUUUUAUCGUCAAUAAUCGUUCGAUAACAGUGGUACGAUGAUCAUUUCGUGUGAGAUGAAUAAAAUGAAUGUCAGUGGCGUUACAAGUGAUUUUUCAUGUGACCGAAGAGUACUGACAAACGACGGAGAGGGUGAUAAUAUCGAGGUACACCUACUACUACUACCUACACCUACGUACGUUGUAAGCGUGAUGUGUACGAGAAUACAAUUUGGAGUAACGAGCUUUUGCGGCGUCAUGUAGCUGAACCAUCUGGUUGAUGAAACUCUUGGGAAUAAAAGCUGAACGUCACAAGAGCCGCACCUAACGAAUAUAACGAUACUGUAGGCUCUUCGUUAUUUUUCAUUUUUCGUUACUUUUUUUUCGUUUUGUUAGUUUAUUUUUUAACGAAUCGUACGGGGCUGCGGUUAGUUGACGGGAGAGGGUGAACGAUAGGAGGAGAGGAUGGAAUACGGCUGGGUCCAUCGAUGCACGAGUUGAAUGUCCGGGUGAAACGGUGGAGGUCAAAGGGGUCGAAGGUGGGGUACUUCGGCUGACCGGAAGUACCAAAUAAAGUGGAGCUCCAAGGAGGCGCGGUCCAGUCCUGGCCCGCCACCCUGGAGGCAUGGUCCUUUGGGCCACCAUACUAAUUUUGCAAGGAGCUAGCCUCGUCGCUUAUCCUUGUUUGUUCGAAGGUUCGAUGCCCGGGAUACCAGGAGUUCCAGAGAAUAUAACGGUGAUGUUUGUCAAUCCAACUUCAGUCCGCGUCUCCUGGAGCACCAGUCAAGUUGAUCAAAUUGAAAAAUACGACGUUACCUAUAAACCAACCGAUGCCAGCCUGGACAGUUACAGGGUGGUGGCGGUUGUUGCUGGGAACAGCGAAGCGGUAACUCUGAGUGGUCUUACAGCUGACACGCAAUAUCAGCUGGUUGUUACGGCCGUAAGGGCCGGAAAAAAAUUGCGCAGUCGUCCGAUCGUCUUCCGAACUUUAGAACCGCCGCGAACAUCCCCGCAGCAGGACGCAGCAGGUGCGGUCACCGGAGGUCCGACCCCUCCGCCUCCACCUUCUGCCCAACAACCGCAGCCCUAUAUUCAGAUUCGCGGCGUUGAAGUCGGUAUCGUAGUGCUGGUGUUGGUUGUCUGGGCGGGAGCGAUCGCCCUGUUUUUUAAUCGUUGGGGAAAAAUUCGUAUGCUUCUUCCCUACCAGCCCGAUUACAAGGAACAGCUGAAAGUACCUGGAACGGGAGUUUGCGCCGCUGCUACCACUAGUUGCAAUCAACACUCGACGCAGCACGCCUGCUCCCAGCAUCUGCACUGGUCGAACCAUCACGUCGAUUCCCUGGACAGCGGGGGUGGUUUGGGGUGGCCCAGACCUACGAGACCUCGGGUUAACAGCGCGAUAGACGUCGCCGGAUUUCUGUCCCAGGAAUUCGUACGACGUCACGGUUCGACUUCGAGGCUUUGUCGCAAAGUUCGCAGUGCAGAUAAUUUGCCAUUGGCGACCUCAAGCAGUGGUCAACAUGACCGAAGGGAACUUCGCAACAUCGGCGACGAUCUUGCGGAAGACGACCGCCACGACGACCGUGAAACUUUCCUAAAGAACUCUGCGAAUUCGAGAGACCACGAGCGUGACUCCAGGGAUCAACGAAGAACCAGGGACGAUGAAGUUAACUUUUACGCACAGAUUAACCAGGAAAAUGUCCCCAGGGAAUCCGACAUCGCCGUACAAGAAUCUCCUUAUCACCAACAAACUUUCAGGGAUUCUGGAACCGCAACCACCGCAACGUCUCUUGUGGCUCGACGUUUUGGGGGCGGUUGGCGUGUGGGCGGAAGUCACGAAUAUGUUAGAUGUCCGGUUCGGCAGCCAGCCUCAAUGGACGAAAGAUUUUAUCGUCGUUCCUGCGAUCCGGAUUUCGGCCGUUCUCACCGGCAUCACAAUCAUCCUCCAGGACAUCAUUUGCACCACGUCGAUCACCACGCGAGGAGUUGCGAUUACGCUCGUCGUACGCCUGAGACAAGCCUUGACCAAACGCCGCAGCAUUUCGGUCUGCCAAUUUUGAGUAUUUCCGAGCCAAGCCCCCCCGACGAAAUGGACCGCGUUGACGAGUACUUGUAGAAUUUGCUUGCCGAGGAGGUCAUCGAAGAACUCCUCGUUUGACGGCCGUACCUACGCCGCGUCAGAUUAUACUCCGCGGUCAUCGCCGUCGUCUCCAUAUAUUUCAUCGGCAAAUUCUGCAAAUGGCUCCAUAAUCGUCGCGGUGCGGUUACGAUUAGCUGACAUUUUACCAUUGUGCGGAUCGCGCGCCAGACAAUUUUAAUCUUCGAACACUUCGUGAUAUUCGUGUGUUAAUUGAUAAAGAAUUUGAAGAAAAAUUAACGAAUAAAUUAAUCGAUCAAUGAAUAUUAUAAAGUAAACAAUAAGAAAGAACAAGUGAAGUAAUUUAUCGAGUUACUAUAUAACGCGUAUAAAAUUUAUUUAUAUUGAGAUAUAAAUUGCAUGAAGUUUUCUCCUAAUUCAUAAUUGCUAUGAAUACCUAAAUUCUCAUAAAAAGUAUAUUACAUCCCGUCUACUCGGGAUAUAAUAGAUUCUAAAGAGAACAAACAAAGAUUGAGAAAAAAAAAAGUAAUGAAAAAACUAUUUCCGUAAAUUUGAACACCUGCAGAGUUUAAGCGGGACCAAAACCCCUCCCUAAACUAAUGAAAAUUGAAAAAUGAUUGUAAUAAUAAUGAUAUUUUUAAAACCAUAUCAAGAAAAUCCCCUUUAACAAAAAAAUCUUUCCCUCUUCCUCCCUGAUGGAUCCGUGGAUUGUCAAGUGAAAAUAUAAUUAAAAUAAUAAUAGAAUUAUAAAAAAUCAAAAGUAAACUGAAUCACACCACAUGACACCACUUUUUGUAUCGUUAUAAGAAUUGAAGAAUAAAUGAAUGAAUAAAAUUAAAAAAAAAAUAACGCAUGUAAAUAUAUAAAAAUGAGUAAUAACGAGAGAUAACACAUUUUUUUCAACCUCGUUUUGUUUCUGCGUAUACGGUAUUUUUUUUUUUUUUUUACCCCCCUCUAAAUUGCUUUUAAUGUAUUGUAUAAAACCUGAUGUUCCUCAAUUUGCGCGAUGUGCUUUGUAUAACUAAUUAUACAUUUACGGCGACUGCCCGACGGUUUCCAACCACCCAAAGUUCUGUAACUAAUUCGUUAAUGGCCCCGUGUUAACGUAUGCACGAUUGCAGAUAGAUACUAUAUGUGUAUACCUACAUGUAUAUACAUAAGUAGAUACACACGGUCAUACGCAUAUGGACAAAUGUGCGAAAAUAGAAAAAAGCGAAACGUGAAAAACGCAAAAAAAAUAUGAACAGUGGAGCAGCUGGUAUACAUACAAAAUGUUUAAAACGUUACGUACGUACGUACGUAUGCUCCAACAAUAUUCGCGUUUAUAAUCAUCGGCGUCAAAAUAUAGAUUUGUAGAAAAUUAUAUUUGUACUUUUAACAAAGAUGUAAUCAGCAAUAUCCAUUAUAUAUGUUAUACGUGUGUUCUGCAUGAAGUUGAGGUUUGCAAAAGAAAUUUACGGAUCGAUUGAACAAUGCAGCAUGUACAUACCUAUGUAUAUAUAAUUUUUGAAGCAGAAAACGUUAACACUGGUAACCUCGAUGAGUAAUUUUUUUUCUCUGUACAAUCUUAUGCAUUGAUCGGAUCAAAUAAUUGAAAAAGUAAAACGAAAAAACAAAAGACGAGAAGACAAAAUGUCCGCUUGUAGCACAUGCGUUAUAACAACAAUAUCACUGACAUAGUUUACAACGAUUUGCGGAGUUAUUUCGAUGCAAAAACAACGGAGGAAAUGAAAACAAACUUCACCUCCAGGUUGAGGUACAUACAUACACGCAGUUAAUUGUUCAUCGUCAGGUACACUGCCUAGAAAAACUUAAUAAUUUUCACAAUUAAUUAUUUGAAUUCACUAUUUUCUUUGCUACAAAAAAAAGUUGAUUUCGUUUGAAACCAAAAAUUGCUUUCCCACAUAUAAACACGCAAUGAUAUUGAUUUCAUUUGAAGUUUGGCGAUGAAUUCCUAUAAAAUUACCCUCACAAAUACGAAUAUACAUACCAUGUGUAACAUACAAAUUUGAAUGUUUACCUAUAUUUACAAAGAUCCAUAUGACACACAUUUAUUCAUAAUCUAUAUUAUGGAAAUUGUAACAACCUUAUAGCUUUAAACGAUGAGACCAAAGAAUAUAAAUAUGCCGGAUUAAAAUUCGUGAUCCUUAUAAAUAAAAUCUUAUAAUAUCAAUUGAUAAUUGAGGCGAAUAAUUAUUUACACCGAUAAAAAAUAGGAAUAAUCAUUUAUAAUUAUCAUACAUGUAUACCUGUACCAUAUGUAACGGGUAUAUUAAUUUUACAAGGAGUGAAAUAAAAAUGACAAUUUUACCUCGCUGCGGCAGAAAAUUAUUGUGUAAAUAACAUUGAAGGAUUGGGAAAAAAAAAUUGACAUAUUUCUGAUUGAAAAAAUAUUAUACAUACAAUGUAGAUAUACAUAUAUUAUACAUAUACACCUAUAAUAGGUACACCAUCCAACGAGUAUCAAUAUUACAUGUGUACCGACUAAUUAAUAAAACAUGAACCUGUAUAAAUUAUUUACGGCUAUAAUUUGUAGUGCGAUACAUUUAUAACCAUGGUUAUACUGCACCGAAUCUUCCGAUAUUUCCAUAAAUAUCUACUUGAAUUGAAAAUUUGAAUUAGGUAUUAACAUUUUAAUUGGAGAUGAAAUAAUUAUCGAGUCACUGAAAGUUAUGAAAGUAUCUGGAGUUGAUUCUGAAUACAAAAGUUUUAAUAACAUCCGUGCAAAAACGCGAAAAGUUAAUAAUAAUCAUAAACUGAAAGUCAAUGUCCUGUCGUUAUCUCUAAUAAGACAUAUGAAUAUGGUAAUAAUGGUACCAAAAGUUUGUUGAUAAGGAUAUUAAACAAAGAAUUAUAAUAUUAUAAUCGUCAUAUCGUUAUAUCUUGCAUAAUUUUCUAGUCAUGAGAUCGUCUUACUUAUAUAUCAUUAGACAAAAUAACUAAGAAAAGAAGAAACAAAGAAGGGUUUAGGUUCAAGUAGUUCAAAGUUAAAUCCUCAGCAUCUCAUAGAAUCUUUGAUCAUUGAAAAUAGAUAUUUUGCAAAAUUAUACCACACGCCUGAAGUAGGUAUUGUAUAGAUCAGAUAUAUUGAAAAGUACAUGUAUACAUACCAAUUUAUGAAUUAAAAAGACGGUAGUCCGAUCACCGCAUUCAAUUUAUAACGAUUGAAACGAGGAGGUACUUUAAAAAGUUCAAUUCGAAUCAAUAACUCUUGCCCUAAAUCUUAAGCCUUUCACCUUGAAGUACCUAUAAAUAUGUGUGUAUUGUAUGUACAUAUGUAUAUAUAUAAUAUCAUAUACCAUAUAAUAUCCUCGUCAGCAACCAAUUAUUAUUCCCUACUUUAUUAAGUGACGUACACCUCGCUCUCGGCGUGCCUAAGCACCUGAUCUAUGUAUAGUACACACCUACACACCUAAAUGCUACAUAUUGUAUAUACAAUACAUAUAAGUAUUAUUAUAUGUAUAUUACAUAUAUUACACGUGUACAGCAGGUCAGGUUUGGUCUUCACACGCUCGAUUGUUAAUUUAUUAUAACUAUUUGAGGAGGACUAGGAAAACGGGGGCGCAGGGUGAAUUGAACCCUGACGAUCUCGAUAUAACCAUGCGCGGAACGUCUGACUCUGACAACUUGACAUAAUGUGUGAUUGUAUAUUUGUCGGUGAUAUUAUAUGCAAUUUAUAGCUAAUGGCAUUGUAUGUACAUCAAUGAGUUAGGAAUGGAGUCGACCGCGGCCCAGCUGUGCCAGCUGAACAAGUUUCAUCGAUUCCUUCGAGAGUCAAUCAAUUAUUCAACCUCACCCGCUCGAUGCGGAGUCCCCCUUUGAACCUGUCGUAGACGCGUACCGGUAAAUGUAUUAUUAUAUGUAUAUUUUAUGUAAACAUGUAUAAUAUCAUGACUUUUUACCGGCCGCGAAGCACUCGACUAUCGCAUAUUUCGAUUAUGAUUUUCAUCCUCCGUAUUUUUCAAAGCGAAAAAUAUUCCCUGCUCGGAUACUUUUUUGAAGGGGUGAUACACAUGUGCGGCGAGAAUGUGUAAAACCGUGGGGAAAAUUCGAAAUCAACGAUUUUUUACCUAAAACAGAAAUACUUUCGCGCUAUUCUAGUUUGAUAGGGACGUGCCUUCGCCGGAACCGUCAUAACAUCCAGCUUUUGGAGCUAGACGACAUUUUCAUAGUUACUCGAUGAUUCGGCGUCAGGUAAAGGGUAGUCGUCGCAAGGUCUUUAGUAAAAUCAAUAGAAUAGCGUAGGACGAACAGCUUUGUACGUUGUAUCUAUUGCUAAAAUCAUCCUAAUUCGAUAGCCUUAUAAUCGUAGACGAAAAUUUUCUCUAUUUGAGGUUUCAUCCUACUCUGCUCCGAAUUUAUAUUUGUAUUAUAUUAUACCUAUAUCGACUACACGCUAUACAUCAUUUAUUUUCCGAGCAUGUCGGUAAUAACGAAGAAAUAUAUAUUUACACGCGGUAUUAGGAGGAAGGGGUGUACGAUAACGAUAGUUAUUAACAAUAAUGAUGAUGACACGGAUAUAGAAUUUAAUCAAGCCGCGCAUAUCUCUUAUUAAACUAUUUCACUAUCGCCAUGUAAAAUUCGCGUGUAUAGAUCGUUAAAAAUAUACCUAUAAUUGUCAUCAUUCGGGUCCAAGAAAUAUAAUAUACCUACAUAGAUAAUAAUUAUUGUAUGAUAAUAUAAAAUACGUGGUCAAUUUUUAACGAUAUUAAUAUGUAGAGCAGAUAUACCUAUAGCUUAUAAGAUCUGUCGGUUUAUUUCGUAUAAAAAUUGAUAUAUGAAUAAUGAAAA